CAACAGGAAGAGGACGCAGUUGUUAAGUUAGUAGAGAGUUUAAAGCAGAAGCACGCGGGGGGGCAGGUAAUUGUGUAUUGCGACACGGUGAAGAAGAUAAUUCAAUUAGCAGAAGUUUUAGAGUGUGUUUAUUUCCACCGAAAUAUAGGAAGCAGUAAGGAGAAGAGCGAGUUAGUGAAGCAGUUAACCGAAGGGCGACAGCAGGUGUUUACGGCCACGAACGCAUUAGGGUUGGGCAUUAAUGCACCAACAAUUCGAGCGGUAGUGCACGUUGGAACAAUUCGAAAAAUGCGGUAUUACGCGCAGGAGAGCGGAAGGGCAGGGCGUAAUGGGCGGAAGAGUAAAGCAAUAAUUAUG